AUGAUUCUCAAAGCAUUAGUCUUUCUUUCUCACCUUGUACUGCUAUUGAUUCUGUCAUUGGCAGCUCCUUCUUUAUCUGUACCCUCCUCCUCGAAUGUGACUGAUGAAGAAGCUCUUGUUGCUUUCAGUUCUGCGAUAACAUAUGAUCCCACCAACACAAUCAUGGGCAGUAACACUAACUGGAGUAGAGAAGCCAGCUUCUGUGACUGGGUUGGGGUCACUUGUAGCAAGCGCAGGCAGAGAGUCAUGGCUCUGGAUUUUUCAAAUAUGGGGCUUGAAGGUACGAUAUCCCCUUAUGUUGGAAACCUAUCCUUCCUGGUUUCACUUGUUCUUUCUAACAACAGUUUUCAUGGUCACAUACCGUAUGAGCUCGGUCAUUUGCGUAGGCUCAAUAGACUUAUAUUACAAAUGAACCAAUUGGAAGGAUCGAUUCCUCCGAGUUUACAAAACUGCUUUAAGCUUGAAGUUGUCGGCCUCUCGAUAAACAUGUUAAGUGGUGGCAUACCAGAGGAGUUGGGCACUUUAAAUAACCUUCAACUCCUCCAUGUAGCUGAAAACAAUCUCCAUGGAACAAUCCCAGUUUCCAUUGGAAAUAUGUCUACGUUAGAGAGAUUGUCACUGGUGAAUAACAAAUUUACAGGUUCAUUUCCAUCGUUCAUAUUGAAUAUCUCCUCUAUUAAAUUUCUUAGUCUUGAAAACAAUAGCUUCUCUGGCUAUCUUCCAAUUGAUAUUUGUCUCAACUGGAUUAGACUUGAGAUACUACGCCUUGCUGGCAACCAAUUUAUAGGCCAAAUUCCAUCUACUUUGCACAAUUGCACAGGAUUAACAACGUUGGAUCUCUCACGCAACAAAUUGAAUGGAAGUGUACCAAUGGAACUCGGGACUCUGCAGAGGCUCCAGACGCUUUAUCUAUCAAGAAAUGACUUGACUGGUACAAUUCCAACUUCUUUAGGAAACAUUUCGAGCCUAGCGUGGUUUACAUUGUUCGAAAAUAAAAUUCAUGGAGGUAUUCCUGACGAGUUUGGGAAAUUGACAAGUUUGGAAUUCUUGAAUUUGCAGUACAAUCACCUCUCUGAGCUCAUACCUCACUCAGUCUUCAACAUUUCCUCUCUCAGAGUAAUGUCAAUUUUGAACAAUGGCAUCUCAGGAGAUCUUCCGUCUGAUAUGGGGCUUUGGCUUCCAAAUCUUGAAGAGAUAUAUUUUGGGGUCAAUCGAAUUGGUGGAAACAUUCCUGCUUACUUAUCAAACUCAUCGAAAUUGUCUCUACUGGACAUAUCUGACAACUUGUUCGGUGGAUCAAUACCUUCAAGUCUCGGAAAUUUACCUCGCCUUCGCUUCCUCAGUAUAGAUCAAAAUAGACUUACCAGAUACCCCGCGUUUGAGGAGCUGAGGUUUCUUGCUGCACUAACAAAUUGCCGGUUCCUCGAAAAGCUGAGCAUGGUGAAUAGUCGUCUUGGUGGUGUCUUACCAUAUUCCAUGGGCAAUUUUUCAGAUUCUCUGCAAACGAUUUAUGCCUCCGGAAACCAGAUAAAUGGGCCAAUUCCAGGAUCAAUCGGUGCAUUAAGAAACUUGAAUUUAUUGGAUUUAAGAGAUAACAACCUCAACGGAACUAUUCCACCAACUAUUGGCGAUUUGCGAAACUUACAAAGGUUGCAUCUCUAUAACAAUCAGAUUGGAGGUUCUAUCCCUGAAGAAAUUUGUAAUCUAAGAAAUCUAGGAGAAAUGGGACUCCAAGAUAACAAGCUUACUGGACCUAUUCCACAUUGCAUUGGAUCGUUGAAUCAUCUUCAAGAGUUAAAUCUCAGAAGUAACUUAUUGACCUCAUCAAUUCCUGCAAGUUUAUGGACCCUUGAAAAUCUCAUCUUCAUGGAUUUAUCAAACAACUCUUUGGGUGGGAACCUAUCUUCGGAAAUCAAGAUGUCGAGGGUUAUGGAAAAGUUGGAUAUUUCUUGGAAUCAUAUCACAGGUAAAAUCCCAACUAUUCUUGGAGCAUUUGAAAGCUUAAGUUCGCUUAAUCUGUCAAAGAACUCAUUGCAUGAGACUAUUCCAGAGUCACUUGGUGACUUACAAUCAUUAGAGUUCUUAGAUCUCUCCUACAAUAAUCUAUCUGGUAUUAUUCCCAAGUCACUCGAGUCACUCAAUCAUCUCAAACAUUUCAAUCUAUCUUACAACGAUUUAUCAGGAGAGAUCCCAAAUGGAGGAACUUUUGCUAACUUUACGGCCGAAUCUUUUCUGAAAAAUACCGAGCUUUGCGGGGAAUUAUUACUAAAAUCUUGCUCUCGUCAAAAUUCCAACACCAAACAUAUCCUGCUUAAGUACAUUGUUCCAGUUGUUGCAGCAAUGCUAAUCUUUGUUUCUCUUCUAUGCAUACUGAGAGCAUUCAAACAAAAGAACAAAAAGAGUACUCCAAGUUCUCCGGAUUCAAUACAAAUACCUGAGCACAAAAUGAUAACAUAUCAUGAACUUCGUCGCGCUACGAAUGACUUCUCUGAAGGCAAUAUCCUUGGAAUUGGGAGUUACGGUUCAGUCUAUUUGGGAACGAUUUCAGAUGGCACUGUUGUUGCUGUAAAGGUUCUAAAUCCAAAAACACAUGGUGCAUUCAACAGUUUUGAUGUAGAGUGCAAAGUCUUGAGGACAACUAGACAUAGAAAUCUUGUUAAGAUCAUCACUUCUUGCUCGAAUCUUGAUUUUAGAGCUUUGAUUAUGGAGUAUAUGUCAAAUGGAAGCCUUGAGAAGUGGUUGUACUCCGAAAACCGCAACUUGAAUCUCUUUCAACGGGUCAACAUUAUGAUUGAUGUGGCAACAGCUUUAGAUUAUCUCCAUUAUGGUCAGUCAGACCCAGUCGUACACUGUGAUCUAAAGCCCAGCAAUAUCUUACUAGAUGAAGACAUGGUAGCACAUGUUGGUGACUUCGGCAUUGCAAAAAUUCUACCAAAAGCUGAAGAUGCAAUGCAUACCAUGACAUUAGGCACCAUCGGCUAUGUUGCACCUGAGUAUGGCUCAGAGGGACGUGUUUUUGUAAAGGGUGACGUAUACAGCUAUGGGAUAAUGAUGCUGGAAAUAGUUACUGGGAAGAAACCCACAGAUGAAAUGUUUAGCGGAGAAGCGAGCUUGAAACAAUGGGUUAGCGCAUCAUUUCCUAAUGCGCUCCUGGAUGUUGUUGAUUGUGUUUUAAAGCCAAAUGGAAACAACACUAGAGAUAUUGACAUGGUACAUGGUUUUCUUUUCUCCCUCUUGGAAAUGGGUCUCGAGUGUUCAAGAGAAAUACCAGACGAAAGAAUGGAUGUCAAGGACAUAAUUGCCAAGCUGACCCAGAUCAAGCUGAAGAUUCUACACAGUAGAAGAUAUCGUUCUGUGUUUCUUGCUUCAUGAAGGACACAGAGAUGAUAAGGAUGCAGAUAUUCCCCUCUCAUUCACAAUAAAAUCUCUCUCAUUUCCAUUUAUUAUUCUCGUCCAUAUGUAUUAUAUUGUGAAUAAGUCAUAUAGACAUGUAUGUGUGUAUGUUUAUAUAUUAUAUACACACACAUAUAUAUACA